UUCCGUUUGACCUUUUCCAUCACAGAGGCUUUGAACCGACCCCAGCGGUGAAUAAAAGAGGUCAGAACAGGAAGUCAGGAGCUGCUCUGGGCAGAUUCUCUGCUCCGUGGAUCAGGUGAUGUCAGGGAAGAUGUGCAGCAGCAGCAGCAGCAGCAUCAUUCAGGCUCAGAAACUGGUGGAUCAGCUGCGGGUGGAGGCGAGCAUGGAGAGAUUCAAGAUUUCGCUCACAGCAGCAGAUUUAGUCCAGUACUGUCAGGAGCACCGGAGAAGCGACCCUCUGCUCACCGGCAUCGCUGCCUCGUCCAACCCUUUCAAAGACAAGAAGACCUGCGUGCUGCUCUGACACGUCUGAGCAGAAACAAACAACUUCUGUCUGAGAGUGAAGCCACAAACCGUCUACAAACGCAGCCAAUAAUCCACCACACGCUGGAGUUUCACUAGAUUUAAUGCAUCCUCCACUGAAACAGUCUGUCAGUGUUUUUCAUCUGUCAAGUAAACGAUUUAUAGAUUCAGGAUUACAGCGGCAUCCACACCAUGAAAUGUUGUCAGAACUAAUGCACACGAGGUAUACUGAGACACACAAAUGAGAUGAUGCUGAGUAGAUGUGAUGGUAGUGUAUAAAUAAACAGCUUUAAGGAGGUUUGGGAAACAUGUAGAAAACUGAAUAGCAGCGUUGAAUUAAACAGGAAGCGCCAUUUUCCAAAAACUUCAGCUGAAAACCUUCAUAAGUUAUCUCUUCUGCCUCGGUCAACGUGGCCGGCCAGUCUGCAGGACAACAGAGAUGUUUGUUUUCAGGGUCCGAGAUUGACACCCAUGCCCGAAACACAACAGGAAGUCGGCCAUUUUGAAUUACGUGUCAUAUUUUGGACGUUUUUGGGUCAUUUUUGGACAUUUUCAAAAGCUGUAAACUCAAACACGGUAACCCCGACAGAGCUCAAAUUUGUCCAGGAUGUCCACCAGGCAUGGGUGAUCAAAAGUUCUCAAAAUGCUCCACAAACAUCUGACGGUGUAAAAAUGGCGGCCGGCAGAAUUUUGACACUCCACCAUGAAACAGGAAGUGAUGAACAACUAGCCUGAACAUGCUAAGAUCUGCCUCUAACUUUACAUGUAUGACCAGAGUCCGGCCUUCAUCAGAUACACACACACAGGCAGAAACACGCGAUCAGUCGCAGCGCCACCUGGUGGACAUGCUUGGAUGUAAGGACCCGACCAACGCUGCAGCUUUAACUACGUUUUUAUUUAAACGUGACGAUGCAGGAGGAUCACUGAGGUCAGCAGGUGUCGAGAUGCUUCAGGUGGUGUCAUGUAGUGUCCAGGUUUUUCCCAUUUUUACUUCCUGGGCCUCCAGAUCUCCACACUUCCGCAACCCGAGGCCACGGCGAGGACUCCAGCCUCCACGCUCAGCUGACAGGAGGAAUAUGAGGAGAACCAAGACACAGAGACGAACAGAUUAAUUAGUUUAAGAUAUUUCUGAAUGCAAAGAAAAACACAAACAGAUGUUUCUACUCACUGAUAUUUCUGUGUGUCUACAAUCAAAUUAAAGCCAGAAUACUGCCAAUAAAAA